UAAGCCUGGCAACUACACAAUGUUCAGCUGCAACCUGACGCUCUGUGCCUAGUCACGUUAUAAGUGACGGUUUCAGCCGGUUGGUGUUGUACUCUCAGACUUUACCCAUCCAGCAUUACCCAGGCUUGUCUGGGGAAGAGCUUGUACUCUCCAUGGUCUCCUGCAACCUACAGCCUCCAAUAUAUAGUCACUAGACAAUGAAAAACAACAAGACAAAUGUACAAUUGGAGAAAACGGUGGACAGGGCAUUAGAAGGAUGCUCUGGAGAUGAAUCUGAGGAGGUGGAACCCGAGCCCCCACUGGUAGCCAUACGAAGAAAGGUGUCAUUUGCGGAUGCCUUCGGUCUGGACCUGGUUUCUGUGAAGGAGUACAACAACCGGGAUUCAUCAAGGCUGGAUGCAGAUGGGAGAGAGGGUGGGGAAUAUUACAUCUCAUGCCUCUUCAAUGUCCCAGGGUUGCACCAGGACAUGGAGGUGAGGCUUCAGCAGCAGAAGCUGGAACUGGAGCGCAUCGAACUGCUCCCUGGAUCCACCACGAUCCGGGGCAUGGUUCGUGUGCUUAAUCUCUGCUUCUACAAGGCCGUCUACGUCCGUGUCACUCUGGACGGCUGGCAGAGCCACUUCGACCUGCUGGCAGAGUACAUGCCCGGGUCCAGCGAUGGCGAGGCCGACUGUUUCUCAUUCCACCUCGCGUUGAUGCCUCCGUUCCAGGUCGAAGGGUUGCGGGUGGAGUUCUGUCUGAGGUACGAAACUGCUGUUGGUACGUUCUGGGCCAACAAUGGAGGGACGAACUACAUUGUCUUCUGCCACCAAAGACGAAGAAAAAGUGAUCUGAAAGAGAAAGAGAGUGGAAAGGAGAAGUUGGUAGAGGAGAGUAACCAAAAAGGUAUCAGGAGCUGCCUUAAAACAAUCAGUAAAAAGACCUACUCGGAGGCGACACCUGCAGAGGAGAGUGGUGACAUCUCAGAACAAGUCACACCCAAGACCGGGCAUACCAGGGAGAACAAACCAGAGAAAGAAGCAGGAAUCAAUUCCUGCAAAUCCCUUAAGGACUGCUGCAAAUCUCUGGUGGAUCGUCGUAGGAAACGUCAAGCUGCUCGUUUGGCUCGCGUGAAGGACUACUUCGCUCAGGGAGCAAUGGAAACCCAGUUGGGAUGUAAUUCCAACACAGAUGAAAGUACAACAUCCAUCCCAAAGCUGUCUAUACCAAACAGAACUGACUUGCCAGUUGUCCACAGCCGACAAGGAUGCAGUAUGGACACACCACCAAUACUUAUGUACCACCAGGUCCCUUUGCCUUCUCUGGAUUGGGGCAGUACCACAACAACACCCCCCCAAGCAAACCCUCCAGAUGUCUGUAGUAAAACAAGACAUCAGGUUGAAGAUCACCUAGCCAUAUCUGCUUCUGAGGCCUGGGAAACUUUUCUUAACAGCACUGAUAUGCAGCACCAAGUAUGUGUUCCUCCAAAGUCAGAAGUUUUAGUCCCAACGGAGGACAAGAGAGCUGAGGAAGACCACGGUGAAGAGUCUACUGACAGGAUACUAAUGGAAACUAUCCAAUCUGUUCCAAUAGAGCAAUCAAAGGAUCUCAUCACAAAUCCUUCUAGAGAUCAGGUUGUGGAUUACCAACCAGUGAAAGAGCCAAGGGCUACUACCCUACCAUGUUCUACCCAGGGAUCGGAGCCCACAAGCGGUUCUUUGAGUCAAGACACGACCAAAGCUAACCCUAGGGACGAAACUCAAACCGCGCAUGACACCGAGACUCAGAAUUCAGAAGCCGGAGAUGUAAUCUCACCUGAAGAAUGCACAGGCAGCUCCGACACCUCAAAGGUUAAAGAAAACACACACAGAGCGGUCAAAGGCACCCUGACAUUUACGGGGAUCAUGGACGUGCCACUCGCAAAUAGACAGGCCGAGGGAUCUUCUUCAGAAUGGAAGGAUAUAAAUAAAGAUGCUAGCGAGGAGCAGGUGGAAAUGAGGGCGUUCUGUAGAGAACUACAUGAAGAGGACACGGAAAGCGGUAGAAAAGGACAAGAUGAGACAACUACGGAUCACAGCGCAGAAAUACAAGGCAAGGCAUUUAAUGAGAACGAAUUAUGCACGUCGAGCAAGAGUUUUAACAAAGAUAAUACAAAGCUACUGAAAAACGAAAAAAAGAGGCAUUUUAGGGCAAGCGAAGGACUUAAAAUGAAGGAGCGACUGAAUGAGACGACUAUAGAAGCUGCUAGUGUUGAAGAGAAUGAAAUGCAUUCAGAAGCGCUUAUAGAGGACUCACGAGAAGUGGGUGACAAUUGCACAGAUGGAGAAAAGAAAGAGUUUGCCCCUACCCACAUACCUACCUAUCCAACAGUUAGCACUGACCCAUCCAGGCACCUCCUUCGGUCAGCGUCUGCAAAGGAAUCUUCUGCAGAGGAGGACUUUGAGCUUGGGAAGACCCUCAGAAACGUUCAAGAACCCCAGAAAUUGGACGGAGAGGAUGAACUCUCCACGCCAUUACCCAGCAUUCACCUGUCCUGGGUGGGCGGCAACAGCAGUAGGCUGUUGAGAGAAUUCUGCUCGCUGGGUCACACGACCAAGGGUCUUGUGUAUGCUCUUCUGUUUGUGAUCUUCAUAAUGGCGUAUCUGUACAACCUGCCGGCCUGCAUGGCCCUCUAUCUGUUUUCUCUGUGCUGGUGGUGCAGCCAGGGUAUGAAGCAGUGUCUGGACGGGGCUGUCGAUGUGGACUGACACCGGACAGGAUGUUCUUGAAAGGUUCUGAGCAAGUUAUGUGUGACGCUGAAAUGAAAAGUGAUUCUAUGGGCCCAAAAUCACUUGAUAACAUGAGAUUUAGUAGGGCAUUUUUGUUUCUUUCUUUCUUGUCACUUGUGUUUCCAUUAAAAGUCCCAUUUGAAACAGAAGUCUUUUAAUAUCAUACUAAACUCUAAUUUAGUGCUAAUCCAAUUUUAUGAUAUAAUUAAAUGGCAAAACAUUCUGAUAAUGUCAAAGGCAACAACUGCUUUCACAGAUAUAUCUCCAAGAUAUACAUUAUAUAUAACAGUCUUAAUGUCAUGCAUUGUUCCUUCUUAAGAAAACUUAUCUUGUUUUAAAGAUUUUUAGAUAUUUUAACUGGAAAAUUACACCAAAUAUUUUUGGUGUAACACUUUAGUUCAGGGACCAAUUCUCAAUAUUAACUAGUUGCUAAUUAGCAAGUCUAUUAUUAACAUAUUGGCUGUUUAUUAGUACUUAUAAAGCACAUAUUCUGCAUGAGCAUAUUCUACAAUACAUCCCUAAUCCUAAACAAUACAUAAAUUUGACUACCUCACUGACUAUAUUAAUAAGCAGCAAAUUAGGAGUUAAUUGAGACGAAACAAAAAGUGACAUGAAGUGAUUCUACGGGCCCAAAAUCACUUGACAAAAUUAGGUUUUAAGAGGCAUUUUUCUUUUUUCAGUUUUGUUCCCAUUAAAAGUCCCUUUUAAAACAGGAGUCUUUUAAUGUAAUACUAAACUAAGCGAGAACUGCACCUUAAAAUAAAGUGUGACAUUUUUUGCAAACAAAUGCAUACACCUAAGCACAGUUUAAUUGUGACUGUAUCCAAAAUAUUUUUUCUUCAUGAGCCUUAGUAUUAAAAAGUGUCACAAUGAACAAUAUUCAGUCCAAACCUUUGACUGGUGCUGUACCUUCAUGUAAUGUGUUACUGGGUUCAUACAAAAGCACAUUGAAUGCACUGAGGACACAGCUGCAUUUCAUGUCUCUUUGGGGAUGUGUGUGACUGACGUGACAUUUCCUGCCAAUCCCAUCAUAUCUCUGUUCCCAGAAGAGAGAGAGAGAGAGAUACGAGGGCUGGAGAACGGACAGGGCUUCUCGACCUUCUGAUCUGUGAACAUAACUCAAAGUAAUUUAUACUUAAAAGCCUCAAAAACAGUUUAUGCACAAGUGAAAAUCCCCUCAUUUACUCACAAUCAUGUGUGGUGAAACGCAAAAUGAGUUUGCAAGCUCUUCUCCAUGCAAUUACAACAAAUGGAGACUUAAGCUUUAAAAUGCCAUUAAAACAUCAUAAAGAAUCAUAAAAGUAGUCCAUAUGUGAAAUCUAUAAUGAGCCUAAUUUACAUAGAUACAUGGUGUGCUUGGGCUCAAAAGAAUGGCACGAUUUCUACGCCUCGUUGAACUAGAUUAUGGGUAUUUAGUGAGACAGACUCAUCAUUUUGAGCUGAUAUACGACACUGUUUAUUGAAUUUGCCAGUGUGUUGGUCUUCGCAUGUGCUUGUUUUAGUUGUGGGCAAAUGCAUUAUCUCUGUUUAUAUGUGAGUGUGUAAUAGAGAUGUGUGUGUGUGUGUGUGUGUGUUGCUGCAGUCAUAUGAUCCAGUCUACUAUGACUCUGACCUUUCGAUGUUUGGCUGCUGACCUCAUGUCCAGCUUGUGCUGUAAAGAAAGUGCAGACAUUCAUAGUUGUACUGUUCUUAAUGCCUCUGUUCAAAAUGUAUGUAACUAUUAUUAAGAGCACUAAAACCCUUAUAAUUACGAAGCUAAGAAUUAUAUACGUAUUUAUUCACACAUAAGAUAUAAGACUGAAUAGGGGUAAAAUACUAUAGUGAACUCAAUGAAUACUUGUCCUAUUAUAUAUGCUUACACUGCUGAAAAAAAUAAGAAUAUGCACCAUUUGCGGUUUUAAAAUGCAGUUUGCAUUGACCAACUUCAAAACAAACAGGAUCAUUGAGUCUUUCCUGUGUGUUUCCAUUGAGCUCAGCACAGUUUGUUAUGAAAGUGAAGAGGAGGAACACGAUAUUCCCAAACCCCACUCCCAGAUGAAAGACACGUAGGCCACGCGAUAAAUGUUGCUGCGAUCACAUGAGGGAUUUUUUUCCGAGGCGUGAAUACUUCAGAUGUUUCAUGCAUGCCUGCUUUGCAGUUAAUUAUGUCUUACGUGUUGGCACCCUUUCCUUUUUCUCUUUCGUUCUUUCUGAAAGUACAAGCAUCUUAAAGCUGAUUCUAAAUGUUGGUGAGCUAUACCAAUCUGCAUGUAAUGUCAAAUUUUGUGCCAACUUCAUGAACAAACAUACCCUUAUCAAAAUUAAAGUUAAUUUCAAUCUAAAUCA